CGGUGGAAAGAAGCAGAGGAGCUACAAAAAGCAGUAAUGAAAACAGCAAUCAGGCUGCUAGGAGGAGACCACCGAAACACGCUGAUCAGUAUGGGCAACCUAGCGUUAAUAUACGGCAAUCAAGGCUGGCGGAAGGAGGCUAAAGAGCUGGAAGUGCAAGUGAUAGAGAAGAAAAAGAGGGUGCUUAGGGAGGAGCAUUUAGAGACGCUGACUAGCAUGAACAAUCUCGCGUUUAUAUUAAAUAGUUAG